AGCAAAAAAAACUUUGAGCAAAAGCUAAUCACUUCCUCUUCGAUAUCUCUCCAACAUUGUUACAUUUUUUUUGGUAGGAUCUCCAACAUUAUUACAUAAAUAGCGUAGUUACGCCUUUGCAGUUCUAAUUACUCACAAAAUCAAUUCUUCAUUUUAUUUUCUUAAAAAAUCUCAAAGCACACGACCAUCUCUCCGUUGCCUUCACAGACAGUAAUCUAUCGUAAUCAUGCCAACUUCCGCAACACUGGUGGCUCCAUCAAGUACUGGAUCUGUCAAAAAAACAGAUCAAGAGUGGCGUGCAGUUUUGUCUCCUGAGCAGUUUAGAGUUCUCAGGGAAAAGGGCACAGAAGGCCGAGGUAAAGGAAAGUAUACCAAACUGUUCGACGACGGAACCUACAGUUGUGCUGGCUGUGCAACUCCUCUUUAUAAGUCCACCACUAAAUUCGACUCUGGUUGUGGCUGGCCUUCCUUCUUCGACGCUAUCCCUGGUGCCAUUAAACAAACGCCGGAGGCAGGAGGGAGAAGAAUGGAGGUCACGUGUGCUGUAUGUGAUGGACAUUUAGGUCAUGUUGUCAAAGGAGAAGGUUUUCCCACAGCUACCGAUGAGCGUCACUGCGUCAACAGUGUUUCGCUCAAGCUUUCCGAAAUUUCUUCUCAGUAAACCGAUAUAUCCAUCUCGAUGACCACUAUUGUUGGACCAAUCCAUCCUUCAUGAUAAAUUUGGAGAUCAAGCGUGAUCGUUUGAGAUUGUUAUGUUAUAUUAUGUCACGUUCCUAGUCAUGCAUGUGUGAUAUGCUCCAUUUGUUGUUUGUCCCUUGUAUGAUUUUUUUUUGCUUGAUUAUAUAUACUGUGUGUCAUCUUUACAUUGACCGUUGAUAUG